AUGUUUCAGACGUUUAAAGAGUGGUUCUGGUUGGAAAGAUUCUGGCUUCCUCCAACAAUAAAGUGGUCAGAUCUAGAAGAUCGUGAUGGAUUCACCUUUAGCAAGCCUUCCCAUCUGUAUUUGACAAUUCCAUUUGCUCUUCUCUUGCUGAUCAUCAGACAUUUCUUUGAAAAAUUUGUUGCCACACCUAUAGCAAAAACAUUUGGCAUAAAAAAAGCAACUCGAAAAAUUAUACCAAACUCCAUCUUAGAGAAUUUUUUCAAGACUUCUACAAAACGACCAUCGCAUGAUGACAUUUAUGGACUGGCAAAGAAGAGUAACUUGACAGAGCGGCAGGUGGAGAGGUGGUUCAGGAGCCGGCGGAGUCAAGAGAGGCCUUGCCAGCUGAAGAAGUUCCAGGAAGCAUGCUGGCGAUUUACAUUUUACUUACUGCUUACAGUUGCUGGAAUUGUAUUUCUUUAUGAUAAACCCUGGGCAUAUGAUCUCUGGCAGGUUUGGGUUGACUAUCCCAGACAGUCCUUGCUGCCAUCUCAGUACUGGUACUACAUGUUAGAAAUGAGUUUCUAUUGGUCCCUGUUGUUUAGUGUUGGCUCUGACGUCAAGAGGAAGGAUUUUCUGGCCAAUGUCAUCCACCACCUGGCCGCUCUUUGUUUGAUGGGCUUUUCGUGGUGUGCUAAUUAUAUUCGUGGUGGGACUCUGGUGAUGGUUGUGCACGACGUGGCUGAUAUUUGGCUGGAGUCCGCAAAGAUGUUUUCAUAUGCUGGAUGGAAGAAAACCUGUAACGGCCUCUUUUUCAUCUUCUCUAUUGUAUUUUUCAUCAGCCGCUUCAUCGUUUAUCCCUUCUGGAUUUUGUACUGCACAAUUAUUCUGCCUUUGCAUUACCUUGAUCCUUUCUUUUCGUACGUCUUCCUCAACCUCCAGCUCCUUCUCCUUCAAGUCCUUCACCUUUACUGGGGCUAUUUCAUCUUGAAGAUGCUCAAAAGAUGCAUAUUCAUGGAGACCAUCCAGGAUGUGAGGAGUGAUGAUGAAGAGGAAGAGGAAGAUGAGGAGGAAGAGGAAAAGGACACCAAGAGCAAAGAAAUAAAGUGUGUGAAGAAUGGACUUGGGGCCGGCAGGCACCUCAUUCCCAAUGGUCAGCACAGCCGUUAG